AUGAUGGUUUCACGCGGGCAAAAGAUUCGCAGUCAUAUUAGCUUCUCUCAGUACCAAAAUUCUCAUACCGAGACCUCGAGAAUAUUAUUUCGGCCCAGAGUAAUAAUCCACUCGGGAACUGCCGUCCCGUGGCCGAGUCUCUACCGGACGACGGGAGGGCGGCUGCGGCUCCCCGUCACGCUCCGGUCCCUUGCAUCAACCACCGACAAUAUGCUUUCGGAAAAUUCAGAUCGAGUAAUCUGCAGCCGCCCGUCAGUGGAAAGUGAAAUUCACAAACCAUGGAAUCGGAACCCUGACAGUAAGGUAUGUCAUCGAACAAGACAGGCGUCAUCCCUCUCCCAAGAAUUUGGAAGCUGUGUCAAAAUACGAGAUCAGCAAAGGGCAACCGAGAUCGGGCAUCAUAUUUUCAGGUGA